AUCUGCCUUAUCUAAACACUCAGCUAUCAUACACACCACGUGGGUUGUCAUAUCCGAUAACUCAUCCGCAUAUGACAUUACAUGCUUCCACACCCGUAAUAGGUUAUUUUUCAGUAUAAGGAGGCGUUAACAUCUCGUGAUCAUUGCUGGUGUGAAUGCGGGAAUGUAGGCGUCAUAACUCGUUAAACGAAAGGAGAAAAUGUCCACAUUGUCAUUACUAAGAUAAUGCAGCGAACCAUAUUUAGGAGAUAAAACCCUGUGAACAGUUCAGACGAGGCUGCUGAAAAUUCCAUUACAGCAACUGUGCCAACAAUGAGUGAACAAUCUAACAUGUCUAGAAUAAAAGUUACAGAAAGUGAUAUUGAUUCAAUUGACGAUAUCAGAACAGCGGAUGUGCGACGAUUGCUAAAGCGUAAUCUUCUUUGUGACGGAACAACACGGGCACAUAAUGAAGAUUCGUUGAAUAAGGGACAACAAAAUGAACGAACUAAAAUGGACAAUCUGAUUGUAUUGUAUAAAGAAGCAUACGCGUUGAUAAAAGAAAACGACACAUUUUUCUCUGGUAUUUUUAAAUGGAACCAAAAUAUAAUGACUGACUUAACAAACGGCAUUGAAAAUCUUAAAAAUUACAGAUCUCCGAUCUUAGUCCUAGGAGAAACCGGUGCCGGCAAAACAUCUUUCAUUAACUUGUUGUUAGGAGAACGUCUCCUGCCAACCAGCCUGCAUAGCAACACACACACCAUAUGUGAACUGAGUAACAGUCCCUCAGGCAAUCUUGACGCCGAUGUAGAAUAUGUUGAUAAACCAAAAGAAGAGGGUGUCAAAACAUUUUCUAAUAAAGACAAUCCUAAAGAAUUCGUUGAAUUCAUGAAAGUUGAAGCAGUAAAGACAAAUGUCCGAAAGAUAACUGUGCAUGCGCCAUUUAAUAUUUUAAAGAAUAACGUUGUCAUCGUUGACAGUCCAGGUGUUGGUGAAACACAGGAAAUGACAGAUGUUGUUUUGGGCUAUGUCGAGAAAGCUGCAGUUUUCAUUUUCGUCAUUGAUAUGAUGAAUGCCGGUGGAGUGCAACAAAGGGUACCAACGAAUGAAAAGGAAAUCGUCAUUAACGACACAGUCGAGCGAUUACUAGAGCUUUGUCACGAAUUGGAUUCAAGUCAAAUAAUUCCAUUUUCAACAACUGAAGCACAGUCGUUUCAAGAUGAAGGUGCAGUGGCUCCUAGAUUCAAAACAGUGUUGGCUAGACUUUCACAGAUGAUUCCUGCUACCCAAUUCAUGACCACACAUAAGGCGCAAACAUGGUUGAGAGAUGUUUUAGAGAAAAGCCUACACAUAACUCGCGCACACAUAGAAAACUCUCGCCUAAGCGAGAAACAACUUCUCGACAAGAAAACAAUGGCACAGCAGAGAAUUAAAGAUCUAGGAAAAGAGAUGAACGCGUUUAUAUCUGAACAAAGAGGAAACGUUGCCAAGAGAAUUCAAGAGGGGGCCGCGGAAAUGUAUGAUCGAGUUAAUACCGAGCAAACAAAAGGACACGUAUGCAGAUUCGAUUCAGCAGCUUUACCAACAAAUAGCAAGUGGCACGAUGCUGCUGCCAAUAUUCGAACACAGCUCUUUGAAAAAAAUAAUAAAAGCAAUGAAUUUGCCGAAAUUCGCCGAAAACAUAGAAGGCCAAAUUAAAACAGAGCUUGCAUCUAAAAUACCAUCUUUUCAAUCAAUUUUAAAUGCUUUGCAAGUUACAGUAUCCGGCCGAAAUGAUACUGUUAUUGAAGAGAAGACCACCGAAUUUCUUCCGGAAUACGUUAAAAAAAGUAUACGGCAAAUCUAUUGGAAUGACAGCAUUGCUUACUCCAACUAUGCCGUUCAUAGCUUUGGGAAGACUGCCAGUUUUCUUUGUUAAGCGGUUUGAAGAGUCACGUGAAAUGUUGGCAAUGGAAAACAUGUAUAAAACGGCUAACGGGAGAAAAGAUAUGAUUAAAGAAGUAUGUGAAAAAUACGCAAAGUAUGUAUUCCAGAAUGUUGUCAAACAAAUGGAGAUACAAACACUAGCUACGGAAACUAUGCAAGUAUGCUAUAGUCGUCUUGAUGAGCUUGAGAAUGAAAUGAAAGAGAUAGUAUGCAGUGAUAGAAAAUUUAUAGAAAGCUUCCCUGAAAAACAUAAAGAUAUUCAAUUGGGACUUGCGAAGAUAAACGAAAUCGACGACAAACUUAAAUGUCUAAAAUCGAAAGUCGAUAAAUGCUUGAACAAUGGUGGGUUACCGUAGCAUCUGAGGGCAGGAACUUUCAGUCUUUAACAGACAUUGUUAAUAUUCUUGGUUAUUAAGGAGAACAAAUCCUCGUACAAAACAACAUCUAUCUUGAUCUGUAAAAAAACUUCUAACUAGUUAGUGUACUACGUAAACAAUUCAACCAUGUAUUUUGCGAUAAAUCAGCUACUGCUAUAUGCUUUUAAACGGACUGCGUUUAAUUAAAACGCCGUGGUUUUUAAUACGUAAAUUUAAUGCAUAAUCAUAAAAACUUUAAGCACCAAAUAAAUGCCAUCGAAUACCAUUUAUAAUUUAACUUCCAGAAUAUUUCAUUUGUAUACAUUUUUAAUGUAUGUAAAUUCUUCAAAUUUUUAUUAUGAGUAUGUGUGUGUAUUGUUCAUGUGUACGUUUGUAAUCAGCAUACUUUGAUGCAGGAUGAUUGAAGAUUGAACGCUCAGUUUAAGCUACUUAUUAUUGGUUGUGUUAUAAUAAAUUCUUACAAAUGAAAUGAAUGUUAAAUAAAAUUUUGCUUGAUGGCUAUAAUUUCAAUACAGUUUUGAAAUGUACGAAAGCACUCAUGUUAAUGAAGGAAUGUCUACAUGGCUGCACUUAAAUUGCACCUGAAAUGAUACAGAGUAAGAAAGGACUUUGAGUACCGUGUCUUUAUAUAUAAGUCUCGCAUAUGCAAAUCUGAAAUAUUUGACUACACUCGCCUUACGCAUUAAGUACUUUAAAUGUAUAUUGAUAUAUUAUUUGUGAACAAAAUUAACUUGCACCGUUACUAUACUUAAUAAGGCGUUACGAGUGGAUCUUAGGGAGCAGCGAGUUCAGUUUGAUUUUAUGUGUGUGGCGUUUGUUAAGUAUUUGGGUGAAAGGUCUCGAUUGUUUUGUGUUUUGCUUUGUAUUUUACAACUAUUGACAACUUGCUUUGAACUGUUAAGAUUGAGCAGCUAAAGUUUCACAACGACUGUAUUCAUUAUAUUUAUUUUAUAAUGACCAUUUCAAAUGUAUUUUGCCACAGCAUAUGGACAACUUUGAAAUAUACUUAUCAACUAAUAAUUUAACAUGUUUGUUCACAGAAUAAUAUGCUUAUUAUUAGUGUUGCAUAGGUUAGCCCUGUAGUACAUAUUGCUUUUCUAGUUAUCCAAUUAAAUCAUUAAAUCAUUAUGAUACAAUUUUGAACAUAACUUAUGUAUAUUCAAGUUAUUAAUGUGUUGUACUAUCCUAUCCAAAAUAUUAUCUUAAACACUAAUUAGUAAACUCAAAAAGCAAUUGUUUCAAAUUUGUAAAUUAAAAACAAAACAAAAAUAAAGAACGAAAUAUUGAAAAAACCAUCAUAUAAUUAGUAAGUGUCUCGCAAGUUCGAUUUAUAACGUAAUUAUUAUUCCUUUAUAUCUCGUAAGUUUGAUUUAGUUUCUUGUUAUUACUACUCAUUACGAGAUCAAAAAGCCGUAAUGUCGAGAUACAAAAUCGUAAAUACUAGAUUUUUUUGUUUAAUAUUUAGGUAUUUAUUUUCUUUUUAUAUUUACACUUGCUACAGUAACUAGGACACUACCAAAGUAUAUAUUAUAUGUAAUGUGCUUUAUACGAUAUUACUUUGUUAUUGAUCAUAAUUCUAACAGUUGCACCCUUCAAUAGCUUUGAAUAAUGUUCUGACUUUAAAGGUGUAAUUUGAGUCGUGCAAAUUUGAUGUGUGUGUUUGUUUUUUGCCGUGUUGAAUGUAGCGUUUGUUAAUAAAACUAAAUAUAUUGUU